AUGGUUGGAGAUUCUCAAAUUGGAAAAACUAGUUUGAUGGUUAAAUAUGUAGAGGGUUCAUUUGAUGAAGAUUAUAUUCAAACUUUAGGUGUAAAUUUUAUGGAGAAAACAAUUUCUCUAAGAAAUCAUCAAAUAACCUUUAGUAUAUGGGAUCUUGGUGGACAACGUGAAUUUGUUAAUAUGUUGCCAUUAGGGGCAAUUCCAUUUCUUAUUGGUACAAAGUAUGAUCAAUUUACACUUUUCUCAGACGAAGAAAAACAAGUGAUCACAAAACAAGCUCGUCGAUUUGCCAAAGCAAUGAAAGCAUCAUUAAUAUUUUGUUCAACGUCUCAUUCAAUCAACAUUCAUAAAAUAUUUAAAAUAGUAUUAUCAAAAGCUCUUGACAUAAAAUGUACAAUUCCAGAGAUUGAUGAAGUUGGUGCUCCAAUAUUAGAGUAUAUUAAUACCUAA